GCACGUGUCUAAUCAUGACUUCUCUGGGGAGCUGCCUGCGUGGAUCUUGAGCCUCACAGACUUGACUUCACUAGUUUGCCGGGAGAACAACUUUUCAGGCUCCAUUCCAGAGGCAAUCAGCAGUCUCAAGCAGCUGCAGGAGUUGGGCCUCAGCGAGAAUCGCCUUGCAGGGACGAUACCUGCUGCAAUCACCACGCUCACUAAUCUCGAAUACCUUUGGCUUGACCGCAACCAGCUUACGGGAGAGCUGCCCUCUUUCUACCACAUGGCCCGUCUCGCCUCGAAAUACGGGCUGUCUGCAGACCACAACUACCUCACAGCCACAGCAGACGCUGUCCCUUUCGACGCCACCGGCCUAGACAAUCCUGCAGACUACCACAGCUUGUGUCUGUUCAGCCGCAACUGCCUUGCGAACGACUCAGUCUUCUGCGGCUCUGAUCAGAGGCAGAGGCGAGCCAGCGAGUGCCGGGCGUUCUGUGGGGCGCAGCCGCUCACCCCGCCGUGCAGCGGCCAUGGCGUGUGCUCCUUCAAGCCUGAUCGUUCCGAACUCCCCUCUAUUGAACCCGAGGGCCAGUGCGUCUGUGAUGAGGGGUACACGCCAGGGACAAAGCCUGGCACGUGCAUCUCCCACGGUAUGCCUGCUGCUGCUAAUGCCCUCGCUGGCUGA